UCCCCUUCUGGGCAUCGUUGUACUUUGCCUACCAUGGACAAUCUUUUACAGUAAAUCUUACAAAGUAUUCAACAAAUGUGGCGUGAAAAACCGGUUGUCGGAUUUAACUAAAUACUGUACUACGUGACUUCCAUUCAUUUGUGUAACAGUUAGGCUAUGGAAAAUCAUAAGUAUCCCGCCGGGGCCCCACUUUCCCCUCAUAAACAAAUGGACAAGGUGUAAUGGACAAGUCUUGAGGAAAGGAGGUGAGAUCGCCAUUAUGACGGACAUUGAGAAUUACGAAUUCUCCGUGGACUUCCAGACAGCAGCCACCAAGGAACUGGGCUUCCUUAAAACAAUAGACGAAUACCCUUCUCUGUAUGGAGGGCCUGUACUCAAAUACGCCAUAUUCAGGUAUGAGACGUUGUGGCUGCCAUUCGCUGCGGAACAUAAGGAUCUAACUUUGACUGCCCCGCUAGACAUCGCAUGGGUGUGGCAUUGUCAUUUACUAGCUCCCGUAAUGUACGUCAGCGACUGUCUGCGGACCUGUAAUACGGAAGUCAACCAUAGCCUUACACCAACUGUAGACGCCGCGGGUACAGAACAGUUAUGGUCAAAGAAAUACCCGGAUGUUAAUUUUAAUGUGAAUCUCGUCGAAACGGGAAUCAAACCACCUUCAUACGAAUCUCGCAUCCAGUACGACUUGGAAGCCGCAGCAGAAAGACAGCAAAUGUUCUACUAUCAAGUCUCCUUACCUCAUUAUACUGAUGAAAAGUUUCUUCAAAAUGCUAUAACGCGUUACAAGCAAUUUCUAACAUUAAAGCGGCUAAAUCCAGAAUCUUUCGUUGUCCCAUGCUAUGAUGUGGACUUGAUUUGGCAUUCACAUCAAGUUCACCCAGUUGGUUAUAAGAAAGAUACAGAAACUCUUCUAGGAAAACUGUUCAAUCACGAUGAUUCUGUCAAUGAUAGAAAAGAAGGAUCAAAACUCGUCAUCUCUGAUCGGGAGACACGAACGUUAUGGCGCGAAGCAUUUGGAACGAACUUUUCAGAAUUCGGUGCCAUGUACAGAGGUAAACCACCGAGAGGUCAUCUGUUUUCUGUUUCCAGUAAUGUCAUAGAGCAGCACUGUUCCAAACAUUUAGAAUUUCAAUUGAACAAAGCAGAAAUUAUAGACUAUACGUCGGCUUUGAAAGUUCAUCAACUGAAACUGAAUGCAGUAUUUAGAAACGGGGUAGAUAUAGAACUUUUGAAGCUAAAGAAGCCUGUACAGGGAGUAUGGAACACAACCUCCCACAAGAUACCAAUGUAUGAUAUCGACACAGAGAUGGUUGAAUCCAUCAGUGUGGAGCUUUUCAAAUAUGGCGCGCUAGGAAAACUUGGAAGUAAAACUUUAGUGGGAAGCGGCAGAGUAACUUGCAGAGAAAUGUUGCAAGAUUGUAAAAAGCGUUCAUCAGAUGUAUCUUCGAUUGUACGUUUAUCUAAUGGAGAAUCUAUUGAACUACACCACACAAUCAAGAUUACAGAAUCGAGAGACUGUGCUUUAAAGUUGGAGGCCGGGAACUUUGAGAUGGCGAUCAUUCCCGAACACAAUGAAGAUCUCUGGGGACCUAUGCCUUUACCGCGCCUCCCUGAAGGAGUUGACAACAGUUGUUCUGUGGCAAAUCACAGAAUACGAAACGCAGAUGGAGAAGUAAUGUUCACAGCUCGCGUUAUACACAGUUUGCCACUGAUGACGUCAGUGGUACACGUGUACUAUCAUGAUAAGUUGAAUGUCGUCUGCCAUUUGAUAGGACCUGACACUUUACCAACGCCAACACAGGUUCAGUCAUCUGAUGAAAAUUCCCCAAUUACUCUCUCACCACAAAAAGGAGAACGUGCUAUGAUAAUAAAGAAUAACGAAGGAGACUGGGCAAUAUUAGUUGGACGCUGGACAGGGGUCAGGAAGGGUGUUCCAGGGAGAAGAGCUACCAAACACCAAACAGGCAGAGCACCAAUACGAGGUAGUCCAGGCCACUUAGAGGUCACGAUGUAUAGACUACCUACAGGGGAACGUUCGGUAGUUGAACUUGACAGUGAACAGUUCCGUUACUAUGACUUCACAGUCAAAUUUCACGGUUUUGAGGCAGAUUUUUCCAAAUGUACAGUCAAAAUUUCUCCAACAGAUGGAGCUGAAAAUCUUGCGCUGGUAUUUUGUAUCAGUGUUUUACAAGUACUUUGUCAACCAAGACCACCAGAUUGGGAACCAGUCAAAGAAACUACCUCAGAAAUGCCUGCGUAUGUUAGCAAGAAGAAAGAAUUUCCGGUAGACAAACUAGCAUUGGUAAUGGCCUUUGGAUUUCAAAUAUGUUCACCAUCAAAUCAUCUUCUAAGAAAGCACUUUAAGAAAAAGAAAGAAGAUAAGGAGCAUGUGGCGCCUGUUUAUGCUGGUGGCACCGUCAGUGAGCCAAUGCAUGAUACACCUGUCAUUGAGCCAGAUGUUUAUGAUGAUGAUGAUGGAAAUGACGAUGAUCAAGAAGUUGACCAAUGGGAGGCAGCAAUGUUUUGUUGUAAAGACGAGGAUUUUGAAAAUAUGUUGGCAGAUGAAGAUGGAGAAGAUGGUGAUGAUGGGAAUGUGGACAAUGCUGACGGCGAUCCAGGAGGAUGUGGUGGUUGUGGUGGCUGUGGAGGGGGUGACGGGUAUGGGGGAGAGGAGAGUGGUGGCGGCUGGGGUGGGGACACUGGAGGAUACGGUGGGGAUAAUGAUGAUGGUGGUGGUGGUGGUGGGUGGGGUGGAGAUACAGGAGGAGAUGAUGGAGGUGGUGGAUGGGGAGGUGACACUGGGGGCGGCGGUGAUGGGGGUGGUGGUGAUUCAGGGGGUGGCGGCGGUGGGGGAGAUGGUGGAGGUUGUGGUGGUGGAUGUGGUGGUUGUGGGGGUUGA